GAGUUGUGAGUGAUGUAAUUUGACAGCGCGUAAAAGCGCGCUGGACUCAGAUUACAGCCUCAGCGUUUCUCCUAGCGCGCAUACUCAUACUAGAGACUCCAGAUGUGGACAUCAUCGCUGUCAGGUCAGUCAGACCUUCCGAGUGGACAGAAGCAAUCUAUCAUGUUACCUUUCGCCCUUGGUCUGUGUUUAUUGCCGCUCUGCGCUGCAGUCUACAAGGGCCCUUUGCUCCCUGAAAUAUCCAACGGGACUUUUCACCACUUCUUCGUCCCGGACGGUGAUUACGAAGAGACCGAAGACCCUGAGAAAUGCCAGAUGCUCUUUAAAUGGAUCGACCGCAGACCGUGUCCGCUGGAGGAAGACCAGGACUCGAUCAUACGCGAGGAUUUUAUCAUCAUUAAACAACAGAUAGAAGACGCGGCACGCGUUCUGGAGAGCCUCGGGAAGAGCGUUUCCUACGACCUGGACGGCGAGGACAGUUAUGGGAAAUACCUGAAGAGGGAGAUCGUGCAAAUCAACGAGGCUUUUACAAACGUGGAGAAAUCUCUUCUGGAGCUGGAGACGAAAUUCAAGCAAAGCCAGGAUACCGAGCAAAGAGAGGAGAGCGAGUUCACCAAUAACUUCAUCAACCCCAUGUAUAAUGUGAGGGACACUCUACAGGAAACUCUGGACAUCUCGUCCGGACUCAAGGAUAAGCAGGAGCUCAUCUCUCUGAUCAUUCGGAGUCAUGGAUCCAGGUUAAGCCGGCUUAAAAAUUAACACCUGAAUGUUUAGACUCACAGACCUUCUGGACUACAGUCCGAGUUGGAUUGUUUUUCCGAGGAAUGUUAAACGUUAAAAGUGUGAAACUCUUGUUUGCUGGUUCCUUCAAAAAAUGAAGCGCUUCAAUAGCAUUUUGAAUUUCAUACAUUUGUUAUAUGUUCCUUUGGAGAUUGAAAAAAAAGUAAUUGAGGCUUUAUUAUGGAAUCAUCAGUGGUUUCUGGGUUUAAAACACUAGUGCAACAAAUUCUUAUUGGAAUUUUUAUUUAAAAAGUGUAAAAUGUAAAGCCAAUGCAGACGUACCAGCAAACCUGAAGCCAUAAAAACCUUUAAAUGUAAACAUUUUCUGAGUAAAUAAAUACAAAGAAAACUUCUUUAAUAUAGAAAAGAUUGUAUGAAUAAUACCAUUUUCCAAUUUUUGUCUCUGGGCACGCAUGC